UGGUUCUACAGAGCAUAGUCAGACCAGCGUGGGCGCACAAGUGAGAACAAUACCGAGACUCGCCAUGAUCCCAGUGUUCAUUGUGCUGCUGUUCCUUGGUCUGAGUAUGGAAUACAAGACUGAAGUACUGGCAGGUUCUCUCCCAAAGCCCCUCAUCUGGGCUGAGCCAAGCUCCUUCAUUGCUCAACAUAUGCCUGUGACUAUUUGGUGCCAGGGGUCCUGGGAUGCCCAGCAAUAUUUUCUGAGUAAAGGGGGAAGCAUAGAUCCUUGGGACACACAGAACCCUCUGAAAACAAAGAAUAAGGCCAGGUUUAACAUCCAAUACAUGACAGAGCAAUAUGCUGGGAUAUAUAAGUGUUCUUAUAUGAGCCCUGGUGGAAGAUCAGAACACAGUGACAUCUUGAAGCUGGUGAUGAUAGGAGCUUAUGCAAAACCAAGCCUGUCAAUCUGGCCCCACCAUGCUGUGUCCUCAGGAGUGUCCUUAAGCAUGAACUGUAGCUCAUCACUGAGAUUUGGCAUGUUCAUUCUGAACAAGGAAGGAAACCACAACCUCUCCUGGACCCUGGAUUCAGAGGAACAGGCCAAGCAUUCAAUCCAUGCUCACUUUGUUCUGGCCUCUGUGACUACCAACUACAAUGGGACAUUCAGAUGCUAUGGCUGUUUUAGGAAUAAUCCCCAAGUAUGCUCAGCAUCAAGUGACCCUCUUGAUGUCCUGAUCUCAGAAUCCAAGGACCAGUUCCAAACUCACAGUGGGAAUGGACUAGGAAGAUACCAGAAAGUUCUGAUUGGAGUCUUGGUGACCCUUCUCUUUAUUUUCUUCCUCCUGUUUCUUCACAUCCUCUUCCGUUAUCAGCGUAAACGCAAAGAGAAGAAUACAGCCCAAGGAGAGACCAACUUGCAUCUUCUUGCAGGGGCUCCAGAGCCAACACCCAGGGAUAGACUCCCUCAGAAGAGAUCCAAUCCAGAUGCUGCCAUCAAGGAAGAAAAGCAGUACACUUCUGUGAAGGACACACAACCUGAGGAGAGUCUAGAGCUGGACAGUUGGAAACCACCUGAUGAAGACCCCCAGAGAAUUGUGUAUGCCCAGGUGAAACACUCCAGGCUUCAGAAGACAGGGUUUACCUCUCCCUCCUCACUGUCAGGAAAAGUAUUGGACAUGAAGAACAGCCAAUCAGAAGAGAACAAAGAGAUACACUCUCAGGCAACUACAUCCAAGGAACCCCAGGAGGUGACUUAUGCCCAGUUAUGCAGCAGGACACUGAAAUAGGACAACAGCUCAGACCAGUAAACAGCCAUCACAAGAAGAAUACCCUAACCCCGCAUUCCAUGGACAGAAAUUAGGAGACAUCUAAGAUAAAAUAUGUCCCUAGUGCACUCUGUCUAAUGAAUGACAGCCAUCAUGCAAACAUCAUGCAUCAUAAGGAGACUCUCAGAAAUUUGGGAACCAUCUUGAUUCUUUGGUCAGAGAUUAACUAAUGUCCUACAUUUUGUACGUAAAGUCAAAUCCUUCUCAAUAAACAGUGAAAUGAGAAAGAAA